UUGAUUGUUCAGUAAAUGAAAAUGCGUCGAUCGAGCGUGCUUAGUUCUGUAAUUUUCUUAUUUAUUACUAUUGUUACUGUAAAGUGUGAAUGUAGAUACGAAUAUCUGCUACCAAGAAAUGUUGCGCCAACAUUUUACGAUCUCCACUUCACAAUUGAUUUGGACAAUUUGACAUUCGCUGGAACUGAGACAAUACAUUUAUAUGUAAAUAAGUCCACAUCGUCAAUUAAAGUGCAUGCACUUGAUUUAGUUAUUGAUGACGAAGUUCAAGUAAUUCAAGAGACAAAUGUUAUUCCAGUGACAUCAACGCAUUACGCGGAUCAUACGCAAAUGUUUACAAUUAAUUUGGCACAAGAUUUAAGUACACAUGAAUAUUAUGAACUUAAAUUAUCAUUCAGAGGUGAAAUAAAAGAUGAAUUAAAAGGCAUUUACAGAAGCAGCUUUUACGAGAAUAACGUUGUCAAAUACAUGUACACAACAUUAUCUGCUGCUGCUUAUGCCAGGAAAAUAUUUCCAUGCUUCGAUGAGCCUUCAUUCAAAGCAAAGUUUCGAGUUGCUAUUACGGAUAAGAACAAUCUCGUCACUCUAGCGAACACAAAGAUUGUUGACGUUGAAACUUUUGAAAUGGAAAAUGGCGAAACAUGGAAAACAACUAAUUUUGAAGUGACACCUGUGAUGUCAACUUAUCUGCUUGCCUUUGCUGGUGCAGACUAUACAAACACCACUUUGUUUGAACCGAAAGAAUUUUCAGUUUAUUCAAGUCGAACUGCUUUGCCAACUAUGAAUUAUGCUUUGAAUGUUGGUUCUGAUGCACUCCAGAAGAUUCAAGAUUAUGUUGGACAUUCAUACCCAUUGGAAAAAAUGGAUUUCAUUGCCAUUGAUGACUUCAUGUUUGGUGCCAUGGAAAACUGGGGACUCAUCUCAUUCAAAACUUCAAGAUUAUCUCAUCCAGAUGGUAAACUCAAUCGAAGGCAAAUUCAUCGCGUGGUUAGCAUCAUCUCACAUGAACUUGUUCAUAUGUUUUUCGGUAAUCAAGUUACGUGUUAUAACUGGGAUUACGUUUGGUUGAAUGAAGGCUUUGCAACUUAUCUUGAAAAUAUUAUUUCCGAUAAGAUCCUGCCAAAUUGGCGCAUUAUGGAAUAUUUUGUUGUUAAUCGUAUGCACACAGUUAUGUUGGAAGAUAUUCAACCUAAAACUCAUCCGAUGACACGACAAGUCCUCACACCUGAUGAAAUAAGUAAAAUCUACGAUUUUGUGGCAUACCCGAAAGCGGCUUCAGUCAUUCGAAUGAUUGAACAUAUAAUGACGCCAGAAGUAUUUCGAAAAUCUCUCAACCUUUACAUUCAGGAGAGGAGUUUCCAAUCGGCAACAGAUGAACAACUCUAUGAAAUCAUGGAAGAAACUAUGAGAGAAAACAAUGAAUGUGAAAUGACUUAUCCACCCAUACCAGAUAUUUUCAGAAGUUGGGCGAAAAACGCUGGCUAUCCAAUUCUCAACGUUGAACUCUUUUAUGAGAAUCAAACAGCAAAACUUUCACAAGAGCUUUUCGAGCCUUCGAUUGGAGUUCGUACCCCAUCUUACUUCUACAUUUUGUACAACUAUGUUGCAGCCUCAUCAUCAGACAUCGAAAACGGAUUCGAGAAAACAACUGCAAAAAAUUGGAUUUAUCUAGGGAAUGAGUUUUUCCACACAAUUCAGGAUUUGAUGGCUGGGCGGUGGGAUGGGCAUUGGGUUGUUUUCAACAUUCAACAAACCGGAUAUUAUCGUGUUAAUUAUGAUACUAGAAAUUGGAUGGCAUUAACCGACGAAUUAAAUGGAGUAAAUUUUACAAGAAUUCAUGAAUUAAAUCGUGCACAACUUUUAGAUGACAGCUUUAAUUUGGCUCGCUCUGAUUAUUUAUCAUUUGAAAUUGCUUUAAAUAUUCUCAAAUAUUUAAAACAUGAAACUUCAUUGGCACCACUUGUUGCGGGAUUGAAAUCUAUCGACUUCCUUUUAAGCUUUCUGGAUCAACAAGAUUUCUUUGAAGAUUUACAUGAUGUUUUGUUGAGCAUUGUUGAUGAGAUUUACGUGACGACUAAUAAUCCACCUGCAACUAUCACAACUGAAGAUGAAGAUUAUCAUGUUCUCACAAAGCUUCAUGUGAACAUGUUUGCUUGCAAAAUUGGAGCAGAGUCGUGUGUACGAGAUACAACAAAGAAAACUUUCCUGUUUGAUUUCGAGAUGUAUGAGCUUGAUGUCGAUGAAAGACCUUAUCUGUACUGUGGAAUGAUGAAAGACGAAAUUGCAGCAUUUCAAUGGUCACAGCUUAAGUUGAAAAUUCUGCAAACGAAUGGAAGACAGCAAUUUUAUCGAGAGAAUCUGGAAGAAAUAAACGAAAUUUUUGAAGCAUUUACUUUAUGUGACACUAAUCUUGACCGGAUUGAAACACUUUUAAACGAUGUUUUCAAUUAUAGCAACACAACAAUCAGCUACGAAAACAUAUCGAACGAAAAUGCAUUACAGGUUGUUGAGAACUUAAUUCGAAGUAGCAGUGAGAAGAGAAAUUUAAUGAUGAAAUUUUACUUGGAAAACUUUGAUGCUGUGAAUGAGAAGGUGGCUUUCAGUGAAACAUUAUCGAUUUUUGCACAAACAAUCAACACGGUUGAACAUUUUGAAAGUUUUCAAUCCUUAUUCGCAAGAGCGGGAAUUCAAAGUUCUCCGGAAAUAUAUGCAGCGAUUGAUGAAAAUAUUAAAUGGAUUUCCCGAUUUUCACAAGAAAUUUCCGAAUGGGUGGCAAAUGAAAAAGGUUCAGCAAUGAAAACGGGAGUUUCCUUUUUAAGCGUGAUAACUUUUGUUUUUGUUAUGGCUUUGCAAUAAAUUUUUGGUUUCUACUUUUAACAGAAAAACAACAAAAGUUAUGAAAAUAAUUUUUCAAUUGAAGGGAAAAUUAUUUUUAUUCAAUAAUCCUUCAAAUUUUCACCCACUGUGAGUUUGCUGCUUUUCAUACAAAUAUUUGAUAUUGGAAGAAUUUUUCCAGGAAAUUUUCCUUUAAGUUGAAUUUUGAAUGUUCUUCAAUAAAGUCCCUUCAUUAUGAUGAUUACCU